CCGCCAACCGUGCCGUUGCCGACCCCAAUUCACACAUACACAAACCAUUCUCCCGUGCCCAGCUCGCUUCAAGCCAAACGCGUCGAUGGCUCUCCACCUAGCAUCAUCAUCGGGAUAGACGAAGCUGGGAGGGGUCCGAUCAUCGGACCAAUGGUGUACUCUCUUGCGUACUGCUCUUCUGAGUUUGGUGCAGGUGUGCUGCCGAAUUGCGAGUUUGCAGACUCGAAAAAACUGACGGAACCAAAGAGAUGGGAGCUCAUGAAGAGAGUUUGCACAGAGUCAGUUGGCGACGGUGAGGACGAGAACGCUCUCUCGAAUAACCUAGGCUAUGCCAUAACUUCACUUACUGCGCUUGAUAUCUCGUCUUCGAUGUUGCGUCCGUCCUCGUUGGUCGUCAACUUGAAUGAGCAGGCGCACACUGCAACCAUUGAACUGAUCAAGGCAGUCAUCCAGCGAUUACGUGAAGAAGUCUGCGAAAACGUCAUCAUUGCCGGCGUAUACAUUGACACAGUGGGUCCCCCGGCUAGCUAUGUGAAAAAGCUGCGUCAGUUCUUCUCGGUCGACGACGUCAAAGAAAUCAGGGUGGAGAAAAAGGCCGAUGCAACAUACCCUAUUGUCUCUGCUGCCAGUGUGGUGGCCAAAGUGACGAGAGACUGGUUCCUCGAAUGUGCCGCCAAGGAAACCGGCUGCGCCGAGGGAUACGAAAACUGGGGGUCCGGUUACCCUUCCGACCCUCGGACCUCCAGCUGGAUCAACGGCAAACUGGAUCCCUGGUUUGGCUGGGACCUGAACAUCCGAUAUUCGUGGGGCACGGCCAGAGACGCGUUCAACAGAUCAAAAGUGUCCGUUGAGAUGCGUUGGGAGCACGAA